AUGAGUAAGUAGCACAGUGAUUUGUGUUCAGUAUCUGCCCAUAAAGUCUUAUACAUCCCACCAACCAUGAGCAAAGUUAGUGAUACACCAAUCACCAACAACCACGGUGGUAGUCCUACGCUCCACACUAGGGAGUUUAAGAUACGGAGACUACGGACUACGAACUACGGCUGGACGAGCGUUGUCCUUUGUUCGUAGCACUGGGUUGAGUCGUGCAAAUAUAGAACGUUAAGAUUGCACUACAGACAGUAAACUACGAGAGAAGAGGCGGAGAGGGAAACAAGACGCAAAGAUUUUCUUGUUUUCAUCACAGUUCACAAAAAUGCAAGUCAGUUUUGCAUGUGAUCUUAUCCUUAGAACAAUGAACAAAUUCUUCCAUACUUGAAGGAAGCAAUUACGUCGGGUGAAAUUGGAAAACAAAGUUUUGGUUACACAGGUUUUAUUUUUUCGCCCAUGAAUACUUAUGUCAAAUAUUAAAAAAAACUAGACAGAAAUAGUAAUAGCUCAUUUAUUAGAUUUAGAGGAUGACUUCUCCCACUACUGAUCUGAUGUAGUUUGAAGUAUUGAAAUGCCGAGUUUCGAUUGUCUCGAAGAUGUUUACAUCAUUUUCAUUCAGCAAAUGGCGCGAUUAAAAAACUCGCAUAAACAAAGGUUACACACGUAGAAAGACACAAUGAUCAAUUCGACCAAACAUUGAAACUUUUCAAGUGCGAAGAGAAAGUAAAUUACCUGCAUGAUUUCUCUUCUCCUACGUCGUCAAUCUGAAUUCUGCGUAUAAACAUCUGAGCUUAAUAUGAGCUUAGCUAGAAAGAUUUGAAUCACAACAGUCGACUAAAAGCGUAAAUCUGAGCAGAAAUUAGACACAACAUACAUAUUUCGCUUCCCUCUCACUUAAAGCAGGUGAAUUGAAAACUUUUUUACGAAAAGAUGAGAUUCUUGAGUUACCGGACGGCAAAAUACGAGCAAAAUGUUCUCCGUAGUCGCGACUACGCGAAACAGCUCAACAACUCACCGUAGCCGCAGGACUACGCGGGAAAAAUGAACAGUCACGUGGUUUUGAUCAUGCGCAGUAGCAUGUUUAUCCGUAGUCGUAGUCCGUAGUCGCCGUAUCUUAAACUCCCUACUAUCGGCUAAUGAAGACCUGCAGUACGCUGUCGAGACGUCGGGAUCAAUAUCUAAGUGGUAGUCGUGAGAUUAAUUAACCAUGAUGAAGAAUAUCUUUCAUGAAAAUUUUACACAGCUUGUAGAUACUUCAAUGUCUCUCAAUUUUAAAUUGCGCUGUAUAAAUUUUCCACCUCCAUCUUCUUAAUUUUCUUUUAAUUUUUUUGAUUGAUCUUUUUUAUUGUUAUUUAUUUUUCUUUACUUUGCGUUGCUUUGCUGUUGAUCCUUUGCUUUGCUUAGCUUUCAUAUGCUUUCAUUUCCUUUAUUAUGCAUGCUUUCCUUUUUGUUCCCUUUCUCCCAUUUCCUUCCCUUCCUUUUCCUUUCUUUUCAUGGCGUUUUCGUUUCUUUUCUUUGUUUAUUUCCAUUCCUUUUCUUUUCUUCCAUUUCUCUUCCUUUGACUUCUUUUUCUUUUCUUUCUUUGGUUUUGCGUGUUUUCCUUUCCUUUCUUUUCAUUUCCUUCCUUUCUUUUCCUUUGUAUUGCUUUCUGUCUUUCCCUUCCUUCCAUUUCUUUCCCUUCCUUUCAUUUCCCUUCCUUUCAUUUCCUAUCCUUUCCUAUCCCUCUCCUUUCCUUUCAUUUUCUUUAGUUUUCUUUCUUCUCCUUUCCUUCCUUCCCACCCAUCCUCUUUAUUCCUCUAUCAUGCUACUAUGUUACUCCCUGCUGAUCUGAUCCUAACUCAUUCUACCAUUUCCUUACUGAACUAAGUAUAGGAAACCAUGAAACCAGCUGUAUUCCAAAGACUUCCCAUCCUACUCUAUCCCAUUCUAAAUAAACACAUUGAAAUCUGCCAAGCUGAUUGCACUAUGAAAACAAUCAACUUUACAAGACAUAAACAGGUCACUGAUAGAAGAUUGCAGCCACUGACAGUCAAUUUGUCAUUAUAUUGUGGCUCAUCAGAACUGUCGUAAUGGCCCACGUUACAAAUCCCAUUCCAUCCCAUUCAAUCCUACUUCUCCUAUCUAUUCCCAUCCUUUUGACCUCUUUAGCUUGUAUGUUUUGUUUUUCCAAUACAGAUCAUGUGAUAAUACUCCACAAAACUGUUUCUUUCAAAUUUUGACUUAUUCCAGCUUAUUCAUAUGCAUAUCUAUGCAUAAUGUAUUAAAAGACAAAGGGCCAAGUUCCCCAGGGAUCUCUAUUGGGUAAACAAAACAUACAAGCUAAAGAGGUCUAUUCCAUUCCAUACCCUUCUAUAUCAUCCCUUCCCAUCAUCCCUCCUAGUUCAUUCCAUGCUUUUCUUUUUUUUCUUAACCAUAUAAUCCUUUCCUAUUGCAUCUGAUCCUUGUCUGCUCCAUACCAUUUAACUAAUCUUAUUUCUUCUCAUCCCAAUGCACCCUAUCCUGAGCUACAACCUAUCUCAUCCCAUCUUAUCAUUUUCAUCAUCAUUACCAUCAUUAUCAUCAUCAUCAUUAUUUUUUUCCUCCUCAUAAUUGACCGAUGUCUUUCUUGAUUGACGAUUCAGCUCUGAAAAGCUAUAAGUGAAAUAAGCAUGUAGCGUUUUUGCUAUAAUUGGUGUAAGAGGAAUAAGGAUAGGAAAAGUGGUUGGUAAAAACAUUUCAAGUAGUUAAUAACUCCAAUUAUUCUAGAAAGAAAGCCGAGACAAUAAGUUACUAAUGAAGGUUUUACCACAGGUUUUAAUCUGAUUCAGCCAUCGCUGAUUCAGCAGUUGAAAAAAAUCUUGGACCAGUACCCGGAUGAUGGACAGAUUCUGAAGGUGAGGCAAAGGUUAUUAAAAGGCUAUAAUCUCAACUCAAUAUAACCAACCUGACAUAUGAAAGAUUACUUAACAUAACAAUCGUGCCUCCUCCCAAAGAGGUUGAAUUAUGAAACAUUUGGUAGCAGACCACUUCCACUUCUUGAUGACAUAUCGACCAGACGUUUUCUUUGAUAGUUUAUUUAUAGCGGGAGGUUCAGUUGUCCUCUUGUGAAAGAACAAAUGUAUCUCAAAAAAUCAAAAACGCUUGAUCGCAGGUUCGAAAAUAAGUUAAGUCUUUUGUUGCGUUGCGUUCGAGGUACGAGAACGCAGCCCCUAAUUUGUGUUGGGUGUUCUGUGCAUUAUUGGGUGACCUGUGCAAUUAAUAAGAGAGGUUUUUAUUGAGAUUUCAUUUUCGUUCGUCGACACACAUUUGCCUCGCUUUGAGGCGCUUGCUUACGUUUUGCCUCACUUUGACGCGCUAACUCAUGUGGUGAUUCUUGUGUCCUCGGCGUUCAUCUUUCAAAGGUUUGCUAAGGUCUGAUAUUCUUCGUAAAACGUUCAUCUUUUCAAAAGUUUGCUGAAUCUUCGUAAAGAGUACAUCGAUCUGUUAUUGCUGAAUCGUCCAAAGCGUUCAUCUUUCAGGAGUUUACUGUUAAAUUUUACUUUGGAUUAAGCCUUCAUAUUUUUCAGCAUGGUUCGUCACUGUCUUUGUAAAAUGUCUCCGACUACUGGUGCGUGCAUCAAACCGGGUUUAGCUCGGCGGCCGUUUUGUCACAAAGUAAAUUUACGAGUUGUGUAGCUCGGCAGCCGUUGUGCCACAAAGUAAAUCUACCGAGAUGUGAAGCUCGGCGGUUGGUCGCGAGUCUUUGGAUGUUCGUGUGUCACAAAACAUGAUUUCCUCCUCUGAGCCCAGCGCAAACCAAACACUAGACUUGAGAUCUGUAAAGCAUUUCACGAUCGCUUGACUUUUCUAAAUCGACGUAUGAUAGUUUAGAUUAGCUGGAAUCUUUCGAUUUUGUGAAAUUUACUAAGAAUAUAGAACUGCCGGCCAUUUAGUGUUUUGAAAACCUUGACCGGCAGUCGAGCUGAAAAGUGUGACAAAACAUGGUUCAGCGUAAACCAAACAUUAGACUUGACAUAUGUAAAGCAUUUCAGGAUCGCUUGACUUUUCUAAAUCGACGUAUGAUAGCUUAGAUUAGCUGGAAUCUUUCGAUUUUGUGAAAUUUACUGAGAAUAUAGAACUGCCGGCCAUUUAGUAUUUUGAAAACCUUGACCGGUUACUGGCCAUACAGCCACAGCGAAUUUCGAAACCAUACAACAUGGUGCAACAAAAAAUCAUCUUUGGCAAUAUUAAACUGCCUGGCUCUUGAAUGCUGAUUCCAACAUUGUUUCCACACGAAGAAAAUGUUGUCGGUCCGAUACGUUUUUUAGCUUUCUCUCUACUUUGGCAAAAACGUUGUUUAAUACCAAAAACUAAUAAAUAACAAUGCAGUCAAGUGCCGUGGAGGCGUCGUAACAAUUCCUGCACACAUUACAAACUGAGUUAUAGCUACCCGUAUUUCGUAACUUUAUGUAUAUGAGCUUUUUAGACCUAGCUGUAGCGAUUUAAAAUAUAUUUCGAUUUUUUUCGAAAACAAAUUAAUUUUGUUCAGCCCAAUAAUCAACCUUAUAUGGCUGUUGUGUAUGUCUGUUCAUUAAAAAAAUAACGCUUUAUUUUAUUACCUGUCUUUCAGAUGAAUGAUGAAGCGAUUUUACUCAGUUGAAGAUAUAUUUUGUCUUGCAUAAUGAGUAAGUAGCACAGUGAUUUGUGUUCAGUAUCUGCCCAUAAAGUCUUAUACAUCCCACCAACCAUGAGCAAAGUUAGUGAUACACCAAUCACCAACAACCACGGUGGUAGUCCUACGCUCCACACUAGGGAGUUUAAGAUACGGAGACUACGGACUACGAACUACGGCUGGACGAGCGUUGUCCUUUGUUCGUAGCACUGGGUUGAGUCGUGCAAAUAUAGAACGUUAAGAUUGCACUACAGACAGUAAACUACGAUGUGUAGCUCGGCAGCCGUUGUGCCACAAAGUAAAUCUACCGAGAUGUGAAGCUCGGCGGCGCCAUUUGACCAUGACUUGUGAUAUUUUCGGCACCGGACAAACGAACACUUUAACUCUAUGUUAUUUAUUAAAAAAAAUUACUGGAAAAGUUAUUGACGUGAGCCGCACACACGUACCAUUGAAGGCUUUGAUAGGGUUAGUGCAAAGUUUGAAUUCAGGUGUGAAAGCUUUUAAACCAGUAAAUUCAAAGUAAUUCAUUUUGUCAACAAGUUGAUGAUUGGAUGCUGUUAAAAAUAACAGAGGAAAUUAUCCGAAGAAAUGUUUUUGAAGAAAGAAAAAAAAUCCCGGGUUAAGAACUAAUUGGCCUUUGAGAAACUGCGCCCUGUAACUCACGCCAGUGAAACAAAAUGUUCCAUUUACACGUCCGACGCUGGCCAAUGUCUCCUCCGAUUAAAAGCACUUGACACCGAACCAUACGAUAUCUUUUGAAAACGUCCUUAAAAUGAUACACAGUUCAAAUACAGGUUUCGCUGUACGCAACCCUUACGUUCAGAAUAUGCCAUAAUCUUAUUUAUCUACAUCGCAACCAUCCUUCCGCCUCAACAAACAUAUCGAACGCACUCUCCUAACCUCCGAUUACUCCUAGUUCUAACGUAAAUUAAUGCCACUGUAUUUGUAAAAGCAUUUAAAAACAUCUACUGAAUACUUCGUUGGAUUUGAUUUAUUUGUAUCAGGAGCUCAUUCAAAAUGCAGAAGAUGCUGGAGCAAAUCGAGUUAAAUUUCUUCAUGACCGACACAGCUAUGGAAAGGAGAACCUACACAGCAAGGAACUUGCAAAGUUUCAGGUCAGCCUACUAUAACCUUGUCCUAUCUACUGUUUAGUCAGUAAAUAAGAGAAUUUAUCAGUUAGUAUUAAUCUGCAACGGUUUCUUAAGAGCCCUCGCCCUAUUUUAGAACUUUAUUCAAGGCCCAACGACGUCUUAUAAGGGAAAACUGAUAAUGCCAAAAAAAAACUCAAAUAUAUUUUGUGAGUGCAGUUUAUGUGCUUAUUUCACGGCUUAAUAAGACGAAAUGUUUAACUCACGACUACCCACUAUGUCUUUCCCGACUGUGCUCGUAAAAUGCUGGAAAGUUGCUUACUGGAACGCCAAAAGGUUCUAAAAAAUUGCCAAAAAUCCAAAAAGUUGCUACCUAAAUUUCAAAAUUUGCCACCUAAAUUUCUUGAUAUUUUUAUAUAAACGUUAAUUAAAAGGUUUAUUUUUCGUUCUUCACAAUAAUUACUAACAACGGUCAAGAAAAAUAGCGUGAAACCUAGUUAUUUUUAAUUAAAAAAAUUAAAAAUUAAAAAAAGAAUUGAUAAGCUUUCAAGAAAUUCUCAUGAAUUGAAGUUUUCUAUGAAAUCGUUGACUUUUUCGUGCUUGAUAUGUGCUCUAAACCUAUAUUUUGCUCAAACGUUGCUCAGAAAGGCAAAAUUUGCUCGAGGUUGCCAGAACCGCAAAAUGUUGCUCCAAACACCAAAAGUUGCCCAGCACGAUCGGGAAAGGCCUGCUACCCACGAGCACCUUGAAAUAGUAAACUUUGUUAUGAGAAGAAAUAACAGCUCGAUCCGUGUAUUUUUGGAAGAAAUGCGAGUUAUUUUGUCGAAGUCUAAAUGAUGAUGAUGAUGAUGAUAAACUUUAUUUCAGUAUCAGGUCUUCUAGCUGGCCAUGUAAGGCCUACUAAUAGGGGACACUAAAUUAAAAUACUAUCAGCUCUAACUAAUUAAUAUAUAAAAAAAAUAUAUUUACAAAGCGUAAAAUUUACAAAAAUAUACAUCCUAAAAAAAUGUCGAUAAAACGUAUUCGGAUUUAUCAUAUAAAAUAAUACUUUUUGAUUAAGAGGUGUCCUUUUCGUCUAGAAAAUGUCAUUUAUGUACAACAUAGAAAGCAGUUUUUACAGCCCUCUGUGAUUCCUUGUUCAAGAUCUACCUUACGAAUUUUCUUUUUAAAGCUGUAAAUUGAUUCUGCGUUUUUUACAUCCUUGCUUAGUUUAGACCAUAUUACUGGGCCCACGUAUCUCAGGCUAUGUCUCCCGUAAGUUGUUGUGUUGUAUCGAGCAAUAAAAAAGUCACCAGAAUUUCUGAGCCCAUAGCGAGGUUAAUUACUGGGCUACCUGUGGCACAGCCCAGUUAUAAAUUCGGCUCGUUUUUUCCUGGCACAAAUCGCACUCUGGCGUGUUCAGCGCGUGCGCGAGAUAUAAGAGUAUGCGUAUAAUAGGUCAGCGGUCUUCAGCAGAGUACAUUCCGAGGAGCUCCAAGCGACUCAAAGCUAUUAGCAAUCUAUCUUCGGUGGAAGCAUACGAAUGCAAACAUACGAAUGUAAACGCUGUUGAUGGUUAGCCCACAGUACAAGAUGGCAAGAGUACAUUUUGGAAGUGGUAUAGUUCAUGAACUAUAUUAUGCGAGAGACCCAUUUACAAGCGAACUCUUCUGAGUGAGUCUUUAUCAGGAAACCUUGUACAGUAAGUGAGCUACCUACUGAGUUAGAAGCUCUAAAAGAAUCACCCGAAUUAACUGUUAAACUCAAACUGUUCGGUACGUAAACAUUACGAGCAACUGGAUCAGUGAAAUUCAACAGUGUUUUUCAUCAACACAACAGCCUUAUGGAAGAAUUCAGUUCUUCAAAAGCCAGCUUUUAGGUAACAAUAUCCUUGCUUUUACACUUUAUUUUGUGUUGAUUUCAUUGAUUUUAUCUUUCUUUGUUUUUAUCAUCAUUUGUGCAAUUAUUGUAAUCGCGUAUUUAGUGAUCAAUCUUCUAAUGCCGUAUGUAGAUGUUUAUACAGAGGCUGUUGUUAUUUCAAUACAUAAAACAAAUCAGUUGACCAGAAAUGUUUACAACGAUUCCGAGAUAACAGUAAAGGUGAAAGAAGAUAUAAGAUCUUGCUAUGCAAAGUACGUUUCUUGCUAGGAGAGAUAAACAACGUGAUCGUGAGCCUAGUCCUUUUGGGCCUUUUUACUGACCGAAAUGACGCAUUUUCCUACCCUUUCGUAUACUUCAGCUAGUGAAAUCUCUACUCUUUUGUAUACCUCUAGCCUAAAAAAGGUACCCCUUUCGCGCGGAGCCUCCCCAUAUAGGUCAUUAUGUGGAGUGCCCCCCGGGAUAAAGAGCGCCAUCAGUAGCCCAUUACUGGCGCCAUAUAUGAUCUCCGGAAUGAACACUCUUAUCUUAUGCACACGCUAGCCUGUGUACAGACGUCCCUUCUAUGAUAGUUCAAAAAAUUGAAUGAGUUCAUUUUCAUCCGGUCGGUUCGCAGUGUAUAAAAAUACUACUGAUAACAAACUAAAAAAAAACGUUUUCUGUCCAUGUCGAACCAGUUUGGUUUAGUUUACACAAUUUAACUCUGUGCGCCGCUUUAACUACAGCUCAAUGGUAUUGCACGCGAUUAAAGAAAAUUUGAGAUGCGCUGAAGCUUUUCUCCUACGAACGGGACGACUUUUUUAUUGUUUUCUUCAAAUAUAGAGACAAGCUGGCAACAAAACGAAAAAAAGUUCAGAUAAACUAGAGAUACCGUGUGGCACGAAAUUGUUGCGGGUUGUAUUUUUUACGAUUUUUGCGAUUUUUCCAGCGAUCCGCAAAAAUAAUCCACCCCCCCCCCCCUCAAAUUACCGAAAACAUUUUUCCCGCAAAAAUUUACUCCAGAGUAUUAAAUCUCUGACUAAAAUUUUUUACUACACAAAAAUACAGCACUAAGAAAUCGUGUCUGUUCAAUUACAACUCGCCUCUUCAAUUCAGAAACAAAACGGUAUACAAUUAAUUGGUUUUACAUAAUGUACGCAUACCGUAGUACUGUUUGAAAAUCUGUAUUUCUAUUACAACCUGAUUGCACAUACAUAACAAGAACGAAAACAUUAUCAAUGCUGGAUACUGGGUACUUUUUGAAAAUUAAUUCUCAGCAAGAAAAACCAAUGUGUCCUAGUGUCGUGAAUGCCAUACGGCCGUUCUUCACGAUAUCACAGUUUUAAGCAAAAACAGGGUUUAUUUCACAGCUUCAAUCCUCACAGUACAAUGGCUCGCUCACACACUACACGAAAUCGUGACUUUCUUGAAUCUAUAAGCUUUAGUUUUUAAUCCGAUCUGUCAGCAGGUUCUCUUUCGCUCAGUUAUGUUGUUAAUUGAAUUGAAUACUUCGAAUGUUUAACCCCUUCAAUCAGUAAAAUCUGACAGACGAGGGAAACUAUUAAUAACAAAGUUUAAAAGGAGUAAAACAAAGUCACGCCAUCUCACAAUCACGCUACACUCUUGCUUCAUAACACCUAGUCUUGCUUUGUAUCGACCAUCAAUUAUCAUUUUCGUUUAUUUAUAGUUUCAGUUCAAACAGUUUAAUGAGACCCGUGGGUAGGGGUGGGGUCCAGCAUGGGAAUGGGUUUAGCAGGGUUACUUCUUUCUUUCAUACGCUGUCAGCUGUCGGUUGUAGUAAACUUCUCGUUUUCAUACAAUACAUAAUUUCUGUCUAGUCUAGAUUUUGUGGCAGCCCAGUAUACACCUUCUGGUGUCUAGUCUAGCUUAAAAAUGUCCUUUAUGUACGGAGGGCAUAUAUUGUACUUUACCUUAUACAUAAUUAUGGCUAUAUCCUGCAAUCGGCGACAGCCUAGUGUCGUGAGUUUAGCUUUUCUCAAGAGCUCAUCGUAUGAACUUCUCGUAUCGCAGUAGACGGUUCUUAACGCUCGCUCUUGUACUCGCUCCAUCUUUCUGCUAUCCGACGCCCGAACAGAAAUGCCACACUGUAUGACAGUAUGUAAUUUGACGCAUUAUGAAAGAAAUGAAAACCUUAAGUUUGGCUGAUGCUGUCAACAUGUUUCUAAGCCUCAUCAAAACUCCAGUCUUCCUAGAUGCGUUUUUACAUACCUCUCCAAUAUGCCUACUAAAAUUCAAGUGCUCGUCAAUGGUGACUCCCGGUAAUUUCUUUUCAGAGUGACUCUCAAUAUCAUUGUUCAUAACAUCAAUUUUCAUCUGUUUACUUUUAUGCUUCGACCCGAGACUCAUCGACUGAAAUAUUUCAUGAUUACACAUGAGUAGAUUGUCCUUAUACCAGUUUGAAGUUUCCUUACCCUCAUAGUUCAAAAUACUUUCAACGUCUUCGAUUCUUUCCCCGAAAGUAUAAGCUUGAUGAUCAUCUACAUACAUCAUUACAGUGCACUUAUCAGUUUGUAUGUUAUACAUAAGUUCGUUUUGGAAAAUAUUCCACAUUAAAGGACCAAAGUUAGACCCUUGAGGGCAUCCCUUCUUGGUUUUCCGCCAAUCACUCAUGGUAAAGUCGAAGUCUAGCUUGCGAUGGUGUUUGCAAACAAAUAAUCAUUCCGUUUGCUCUUUAUUUUCGAUUGCUUGAAAACAUAGUGCAGCAAAACGUACAACUCUAUUGCUCUCUCAAUUACAAAACUCAGUGUUGCUAUUAUUAAAUCAGCUAACUGUAAAUGCAAUAUUCUUAAUAGGGACCCGCACUUUAUGCUUACAAUAACGCCGAGUUUAAGCCCAGUGAUUGGGAAGGCAUCAGAAUGCUUUGUGAGAGCAAAAAGGUCAAGGAUCCAAAGACAGUGGGUCGUUUUGGCCUGGGCUUCAAGUCGGUUUUCCAUAUUACAGGUAAGUACGUAUUCACUGAAAAUAACGGUUAGUUAUUUCUUUUCCUUAACAGAAAACUAGCCACCAAGAUUCGUGCAUUAAGUUCAAUUAAUACACCAAUACGUUCUAAAAUGAAAAAGUCAGACGCUAUAUUUUAGGAAUAAAACAAUAAUAUUCUUAGUCUAAAAUCGGCAGAAAAAUAAAAAUACUCAGCCUGGCCCGGAAAAAAAAGCUUUCUAUUUUUUAUUUAAAAAAAAGAGUGUACUAAUAUACUUUUUUAAAUACAUUACAAGUGCAGCACAUGCAAUGCAGCUGACAACAGCGUUUAAUGUUAAAAUAGGUUCACUUCGUUAAUGUUAUGCUUGCUCAAGUAACAAUAAUUCAUCUCUACUUGAUUCUCAUAUCACAUUCUUACUUACCAACAGACCUACCAAGCGUCAUGAGCAGCUCGCAGAUCGGCGUAAUUGAUCCACACGAAAAAUGCUUUGGAGAAAUUGGAGAAAGACGUACAGGAUACAGCUGGGACAUAAGGAAUGACCGUGACAUCAUGAACACCAUACCAGACCAGUUUGCUCCUUACAGGGGAGUAUUUGACUUCCCAGAGGACAUUUUCACCAGAGGCUCGUACAAGGGUACUCUUUUCCGCUUUCCACUACGAACUGAGCCGUCCAAGUUAUCAGAGACUUUGUAUUCUGCCGAAAAGGUUAACGAUUUGUUCAAUGGCUUCAUGGCUGAUGCCCACUUGGUUCUACUGUUUAUGCAACAUCUUGAGAGUAUUGAACUGUACGCUCGUAAAGAGUUACAAAGCAAACCCAGAAGAAUGUUUCAAGUCAGAAUAUCCGAAGAAAGCCUUCCGUUGGUAAGAGAAAGGAGAAAGGAGUUUCAAGAAAGAGUCCCUAGCGGUCAGCUUUUACCCCAAUCAGUCCACGUCACUUAUCCAAUUACGAUUGAGGCAGUACAGUAUUACCAAGGGGUAGAAGCAGGUAAAUGCAGUCAUUCCUUCCUUGUAACCAAUUACGUCUGUGGCGGAAAGAUAUCGUCUGAAUUUCAAGCGCUUGUUGUGGAUCCAAGUCUCAGCUACCUACCCUUAGUUGGCGUUGCCAUGGCAUUGCCCUCAAGCCCCCAGGAUCCCGUCCUAGAAAUUCAAGGUCACGUGUUUUGUGUCUUGCCGUUACCGGUGCAAAAGACCAGUCUUACAGGUUUGCCAGUGCAUGUGAAUGGCUUCUUUGCCCUGACUCAGAAUAGAGGUCAUAUCAAGUUUCCAACCGCAGAACAGGAAGGUCAUCUAUUAACUGACAAAUACUUAAAGUGGAACCAGUAUCUUUUAGAGGAGGCCAUACCCCAAGCCUAUGCCACGAUGAUUUUAGAAGCCAUCAACGACAAGAGCUUCAAAGCGCAAGCAGCGACCGUUUACCGGUAAGUGACAACUGUAAGAAACUGCAAAGCUAGGAAGUGUAAUCUGCGAAUGUGAUUCCCCGUGUUUGCUUCCCUUCUGCGGACCAAGUAGCCUCUGCUGUUUGUAACGUGUAAAUGGAAGCACCCUUUUUAAAAGGCAAACAUGAUGAAACGUUAGCAUAUCAGUCAUGAAAUUGUGUUCUACGUAAGUUGGAAAACCAAUAGCUCCCCGACCUCUAAGGAGUUCAGAAGGUAAGGUUUUAAUAUUAGAGGAUGUUAGCAUCAACAACGAGUACGAGUACGAGAACGACUUCAAGCCGUACUCGUACUCGAAGUCGUUUUCUCAGUUUUCUAUGUUAGAGAUGACACCGAGUUCGAGUUUAUAGAAAAUAAAAUUAUGGGAUUCAGCAUGACUGGGCGCCAAAUUUGAGUCGAGGUAGCGCUUCCACAACAAUUUCGAAAACAAAAAAACUGACUCUAAAAAACGUUCAAGACUGCUUGUUAAUCGAUUUUUCGAAGUAACACGAAGGAUGGUUAGUCGCGGUCUUAAAACACGCUAAAACCCAUCAAAUUCAACACAACAACCACACUGGAUAAAGAAGUAAGUAUUCUUUAUCGAUAUCUUCGACUGUUGGGGUAUUUUCGACCAAAUAAUGGCAAUUUUCGGGGUUAUUUCGUAAACUUGUGAGGCCUGUGGAGAGACAUGAAACUUUCCCGGGUAAAUACAAAUUUACUCUGUGUAGGAAAUAUCGCGUUCGGUUGCUUUUCCUCGACUUGAAAAGCAGUAUUUUACAUAAAACAUAAUAUGAGGAAUGUUCAAGAUGAUAAAGAGAGGCUAGAAACGAAAAGAAACUGCAUUAAACGAUCGGAAUUUACCUUUGAAAACCAGCUCUUCCCAGUCGUUCUACCCACUUCGAGUUUUUGGUGAGAACUCGUCGUAAUGCAACUUGACAGGACGACUUGAAAACGUGGAGAUGCGCAGAACGGAUGCGCAGUACGCAAAAUCGCUGAUCUUUUCUAGAACUCGUACUCGUUGUCGAUGCUAACAUCCUCUAUUAUCGCUGCAAUGGUUAAAAAAGGUUUAGAGAUCUUAACGAUUGUCCAAGAAGUUUGGCAAAAUAUUCCCUCUAAAAGAAUGAAAAAUGGUAAAUUUUAAGCUCUGUGAAACAAGUGUGAAAAUGAAAUAAUCAGCAUGUCACGAGCGUGGGACAAAGAAUAAAAUCUGAGUCCCCGAGGCAACAGAGCGUCCCACGCUCGUGACAUGCUGAUUAUUUCAUUUCCACAUUUGUUUCACCGAGCUUAAAAUUUACCAUUUUUCAUUCUUUCAUCACACAGUACUACAUCGACGUUGCUGAUCCAAGUAGUAUGCCGGACGCAUAUCAAAUAUGAACCUAAUAUAUGGCCUCUCCUUAGCUCAAGUGGAUAGAGCNAGGGGGGGGGGGGGGGGGGGGGGGGGGGGGGGGGGGGGGGGGGAGGGGGGCUACAGCCCCCCCAAAUUUUGGGCAACUCAGAUUGUUUGGGCAGCACGAGAAAAUUUGGGCAAAGCCAGUUUUUAAAGACGUCUGCAUGUUUUUAUUAUUAUUAUUUUGAAGAGAUAAAUAUUUUUUCUAUUUUACAUUGACACGAGACAGUGGCUGCCUAGCACCUGACGAGUUUCUGCAUGGUUAUAACGGAUUAAGGUAUCAUAUGCUGAAUUGCAAUGGGCAAUUUCCACUCGUGAAUUUAUCAGAAUAAACUUCCGCCCAACUUUCUAGAAUCAUCUCCGCUCGUAGAACAGUGUAUGACAGAUAGCACCGGCAAUGGGUCUGAAAGUGAAGAAGUGGCUGACUAAUUCUCAGUUUGAAUUACGAGAAGAAUCUUAUUUUUUUAAAAAAAGAUUUAUGGAGCGGUUUAAAAGUUAUUCACUAAUUUAUUAAAGUAGACCGAAAUGUUUACAAAACGGCUAAUAAGAGCGUACUAAUCAAAUCCUUCUUUGUAGCAAUUGGCCGGAGCUAUCUCAUGAUCUUUCAACCACUUUUUUAAAAAGAUUGAAACUACUAUGAGGUGAAAUUGCAUGUCAAAAGCCCAUCGUUUUCUAAAGAUAAAAUUUUCCCUUUUUUUACCGUAUUUCCAACGAUAAAAACUUUAUCCCAAAAUAUCUCGAUAACGCUCUUACAGAUUCCGUUUUAACUUCACGAACAUCGAGGCGACUAUUGGAAGAAAAAGCUCCUGUGAUCGAUUUUGGAACAACAGUUCCCACGGAGAAAUAUUGCUGCAAGCAUAAUAGGUAAUGGCUUCAUUUCGUUGCUAUGACAACUCCGAUGUCAUUGCAACCCUGAUCACAACAAAUUUUCAUCUUUAUCUAAUACAACUGUGGUGGCAAUUUUUCCAAAUGUUUGUUUAUGGCGACGUACUAGUUUAUGCUCAAACUUGGCAGGUAUUGUCUCCGAAAAACUGUAUCGAGCCAUUUCCAUAUGGCGGUACGGCCUAUGUUGUUGCAUCGGCCCUCGUUUCUUUUCGACUGUUUUGUAAAAAUUUGAGCAACUUGCAAAAAUUUUUUGGGCUAAUGGUUUACCCCACCCCCCCCCCCUCCCCCUGGCAAAAAAUAGCCCGUACGCCUAUGAGAGUGAAGAACAUAAGAAGUGGAAGCAGGUCUACACAAUGACAAUAUAUCAGUUCCUCUAAAAGGGUAGACCGUUAAGCGCAUCGUUAGCAAGUCCUUAAGAUACGCAGGGUAGAAAUUGAUAUGGAUACAUUUAUGAAUCAUGAUUAACAUAGUGUGUACUCUCAGAUUGUAAAGUGAUGUAGCUGCUGCUCUAUCUAAUAGCUGACUGUAUGUUGAUUCCCUGUCAUGACUCAAGUUUUUCGCUAUUUCUAGAGCUACAGAAGUGCCAUACUACAGAACAAUACUGAACAUGUGGUAGAACUAAGGCCUUAUACAAUUUUAACAUGGUGGAAGUGUUUACAAGCUUGCGGAAUCUUAUCAUGACAUUCAGUUGUUUGUUGACUUUUUUACAAAUAACAAGACUUGUUUAUCGAAAUUCAAUUGACUAUCGAUAGUCAUUCCAUGCUUACUUAUUUCAUUUUCACAAUAUUCCUCUGUUCCUUGGGUAUAUUCCCCGCGAUCCUAGUGAUCAUAAGGACACCAGCUGCCGAAAGAAGACAAAUCGCAGCGAUAUAUCAUGAUGCUGCCUCCAAAGAAAUUUAAAUUGGCCUCUAUCAUUGCUCGUAUUACCUUAACGGCUUGCAUUUAUCAUUCAUUUGAACUAUAAUGACUCGUUUGCUCUGUUGCAGAGCGUGGCCAGAGUUCUCACGAGUCAACCAGAAAUGGGAGAGCGUUGUUGAAUCAUUGUUUGAUAUCCUGUCAGACAAGGAAAUUAUCUACAGCAAAGUCAAUCGGGGGAAAUGGCUUCUUGUUGAAGAUGCAAUUUUCAACCAGGUGCCUGAAAGACAUCUUAAAGAUCUACUUGAAAAUGUCUUGAUUGGAGCGAAUGUUCCAGUUGUUUCUGUACCCAGCCACGUGAUGGAUGCCAUCAGGUCUUUUACUGAUGCUAAGAAUAUCACCGCUAGUGUUACGAGAAAAGAAUUGAAGAAAUCUGCCGCUUGUUAUAAAAACCUAAAGAGGCAAGAAAAGCUGUGGCUUCUUCAGUUUUGUUUACAGGAUAACCAAUAUGAAGACCUUUGUGACCUGGAGCUUUUGCCUCUCUCCAAUGGCAUAUUUACCACCUUUUCAGUGCUUGCCGACGAAAUCUACAUCAGCUCCCCUAAGCAUUCUCAAGAUCUUCUACCUGGCCUAGAGCACCGCUUCUUGGAUCAAAAGUUGGAUUCGGACAUCCUUCAAAAGUUGAAUUGUGCAGCCAUACAAGGUCAGUCAAAGCACAAGGUGGCACUGCUUCUUUCUGUUGGUGACACCUAAGUAUGGCCUUUCCAUUUAUUGAGGGAACAUUUUUCAGGAUUUAUCAUUAGUGCAAAAUUUCAUGCCCUCAUCGUCAGUCCCGCCUGCGUCAAUUCUUGGCACUAUUUUUUCUGUUUUUAAAUAGGGUUUAAGAAUACUAAUUUAUCCGUUUGCGAUUCCUUUUGAUCCCGUUAAACAAUGUAGAAAUUUGACAAUUUACGUUUGGGAAUGAUUAGUCUCCUUGAUAACCGUAUUAGCUUACUCCCUUUAAUGGCAUAUAUAUAGUUCAGAUGAUUGAAAUCAUGUGUACCAAGCUAUCAGCACCAAUUUGGUUGUUAACAAUGCCAUGAUAUUAUCUUUUAGUUGGGUAUUGUUUUUUGUUCCGUAGUGACAUACAAAAAUGUUAAUAUCCUUCCUUAAAAUGAUUCAGAAGCUAUGUUUUGUUAAUAACUAUCUUAACCCUCGGACGUACAAUGCAUCCACCCACCGUAAGGUUUUUCUAAGUUUUUUCCUAGAGGAUAAAACAUUAGCACCUGAGGUUUUCAGUAGCUGUUCAUUCAUCCCUCGCGCAAAUUUUGAGACAAGUUCAGUGAUGGUCAGUUGCUAUGGUUACGAGAUAUGAAGUCAUAAGUAGCAGGUGGUCAAGCCAUUUUUCGGUGAAAAUACAUGUUUUCCUAACUUCUUUCAACAAUAAAGUAAAUCUUGUGGUUAAAAUCAUGCAAAGUGCUUAUUUAUGUAUUAUUUUUCAUGUAAAGCACAAAAAAAUUACUAUUUCUCGCGUUUUUAACCUGAUUUCUAAUCCUUGGUAAAAUCCAAGAUGGCGACCAUUGUUGGUGACGUCACAGGCUUCCAGCAGCGCCACCACCCCAAAAAUAUACCUCAUCUUGUUAAGAAGAUCAAAGGCUUUCCGCUUAAGGUAAAAUCAUUUCGAAAUACUGCAAUAUAUCAAAAACUCCGGGGAGGGGUUCCUCCCCGCACUUUGUACCACGGGGGGUAUGCAUUGCGUGUACGUCCGAGGGUUAAUUCAAAAGGAGUACCUGAAAACAGUAGACAAUUUUGAUAGCGACAGGAACUCACUUUUUACGUUAGUGAUUUACUUUCAUAGAAUGCACGCAGCUACGACUUCUCUCCGAGAACGAAGUUGUAGUUCUUCUUAAAGAAUCCCUCCCUUCCGACUGGAGUCAAGGAAGAACUGUUCUGUGGCACCCAGAAGAUGAAAACCACAACCAUCCCCCAAGAGACUGGAUCGAGCUUAUUUGGAGAUACGUUCGCGACCAUUUCCCUACAAGAGAGAGGCUGCACCGACUUCAGAACUUUUCCUUAAUUCCAGUCAGCAUGGAGCAGACGGCUGUUACUUUGAAGCCACUUGCUCAGCCUUCCACAGUCGUGAUUAAAAGCCUGGGUGGGGACAUCAUUGAUGAUGGUCUGAUACAUGUCUUGACAAAGAUGGGCGGGGUUGUCUUGACUGAUUGUCCGGACUUUAUACUUGAUCACCCCUGUGUCUUGGAUACCUUUGUCCAUCGUCCUAAUGUCCAAGGCAUUUUCAAGACAAUAGUGAAGUUAGCGUCCACGUUCACCGCUAAAAAGUUGUCCGAAGUCGUGAGAGGGCUUUCUCCCGGAGAGAAGCGAAGUUUGAGAUCAUUCCUUGCCAAUGUCAAACCAGUGCAACUAGGAAGAAAAGAGAGCAAUCUCAUAUGCUCCCUGCCGAUUUUUGAGACGUUCUCCAAAAGGUUUGUGUCCAAAAAUGAAGGUCUGUCAGCAGCGCUUAUCGAAUCUCUUCCCAUUCAACCACGACGAGAACUCAUUGACAUUUCUGAUGAAGAAUCUAGGAGUUUAGCUCUUCUUCUUAAAGUCCGGAUUCUUAAACUAACAGAAGUACUUUGCGAAAUAGUAUUUCCUGACAUUCAAAGCGGCAAGUAUGAUGGAGGGCAGAUUGAUAAGUUAAUGUCCUAUGUGCUCUCGAAUUUUGCACACAUCAUUCGUUCUGAUGCUCACUUCAAGCGUAAUAUACAAGCGUUGCCAUUUCUGCCAAAGGCGAAUCACAGAAAGCGAGUGAAGGGGUCGGAUGUCUUUGAUCCCAGAAAUGAGAACCUCCGGAAAUUAUUUGCCAACGAAAAUGUUUUUCCCGCCGGCCAUUUGUACAACGACUCUGUCGUCCUAAAUGUUUUGGAAGAAGUUGGAAUGAAGAGCGAAUCAGAUAUCACUGCGAAAGACCUCGUGCAAAGCGCUAAAAACGUUAGCGUGCUUUCAGACCCUUCGAAAGCAAGAGAGAAGUCUCAUGCAAUUUUGCAACAUCUUGACCGUCAUCCGCAAAAACUUAAGAGCAAAAUUGAUGGCCAAGAGCUAGGAUCGCUACUGAUGAGAAUCCAGUGGGUGCCAAACUUGAGCCAGAAAACAUCAAACUUCCCACCUUCACUCCCAUGGUGUAAAACAGGCGAAGAAGGAGGGAGACACUUUUUUAAGCCGUCUGAACUGAAUAGCCAGCAGGUGAUCAAUCUCAUCGGAUCUGUAAAACCUGUCAUCACCUUUGAGCCGUCGAAUGAAAUUGCUGGUCAUUUUGGCUGGCUUAAGAAACCAGAAGUCUUGGACGUUGCUGAGCAUUUGCAGAACGUAGUUAGGUGGUACACGGGUGAUGAGAAGGCAUACUACAUGGUUUUAGUGAAUGAAAUUUAUGCGUUUUUUAGAAGUGCAGACUAUGCUGAGGUCAAAAACCUAUUAAGCAAUUUGCGUUUCGACUGGGUAUGGAAUGGAGAUGGCUUUUCUUCACCAAGCCACGUACUUUCCAGUAAGCCAGCAAUUGACUUAACACCCUUCGUUCGCCUUCUCCCUUCGGAGAUGAUGAAGCACUCGCAGUUGUUCACCCUUUUUGGUAUGAGGACAAACAGCGAUCCAUCCCUUUUACUGCAAGUACUUGGCUUGAUUAAAGACAAGUAUGACGGUCAAAAUUCUCCUGUUCUUAACGCCUCAGAGGUACGACACGAUCUCCAAUUAUCAGUUGAUAUUUUGAACGAACUGGCAAGUGAGGAACUAUCGCCAGAGCUUCAAAGAGAGAUCCUUCUGCCUGUCCGUGUCGAUGGAAACUUGUACGUCCGGCUUGAACCAGUCGAGCGCUGCAUGUACACUGAACGAAAGGAAUGGGCGCAGAGUGAAAGCGAAGACGGAGAGCAAAAAUACUCCUACGUACAUCAUAAUGUACCAAACAACACUGCUGUACGUCUAGGUGUUCCAUCGUUAACACAUCGAAUGUUAGACCCAGAUGAGCUGUCCAUUGGAGAAGAGUUUGGACAGGAGGAGAAGCUUACUACUCGAUUGAAUAGGCUUCUAGACGACUACAAAGAUGGCCUUGCAGUGCUUAAAGAGCUGGUACAAAACGCAGAUGAUGCUGGUGCCACUGAGGUUAAAUUCCUGUACGAUGAAAGAACCAACAAGGAUGCCAUGACCUGGCUCAUUGACGAGGGAAUGAAAAAAUGUCAAGGUUCUGCCCUCUGGGUUUACAACGAUGCAGUAUUCACAGAUGAGGACUUUGUCAACAUCACCAAGCUGAAUGAAGCAACCAAAGUGCACAACACUGAAAAGAUCGGUAGGUUUGGACUUGGUUUCAACGCAGUAUACAACCUUACAGAUGUGCCGAUGUUUGUAACUAAGAACUAUCCUAACACAUUUCACCUGGGAACCGCCAUUAAGGACCCAAGAAAGCCAGGUAUAAAGAUUGAUCUCAACAAAGACGUAAGAAACCUACAGACCUUUAGCAACCAGUUUAAACCAUUCAAUGGCGUAUUUGGCUGUGAUUUGAGCCUUGACAAAGAAGACAACUCAUACGAUGGUACGCUGUUCAGAUUUCCAUUGAGAACAAGAGAACAGGCAGCAGUCAGCGAGAUCAGAGACAAGUGUUACGACGACCACGAAAUGAGGGAACUGUUAGAAAUGUUUCUCGAUAAAGCAAACACGGUUCUUCUUUUUACGCAAAACGUAUUCCGCGUUGGAGUGUACUUUUUACCAAAAUCUUUAGGGCAGAAUCCACAGCCGUUGCUAAUGUUUCAGGUCAACAAAUCACUCACCCAAGGAGGAAUACUGAGAGAAUUGUCUUUCCCUAUCGCACUACCAGACACUUCGCACAAACUGAGUGCGGAACAGAAGAAGUUGAUGGUGCAGUCUAAUUUUCUUCAAGCAUCCUCCAAUGUUAAAAGACUUUCCAAGAGUAGAAGAGUCAAACCAAGUGAAUUCCCUAAAUCAUCCAUUGUUGUUGAUGUGGAAUGCGUUUUAACUCAGCUUGGAGCUAGUUUUUUUCAAAAAGAGAAGCCCCCUGGAAGAAAACGUGAAAGCUGGUUGAUCGUGUCCUCAAUGGGGUGUGGAGAGUCAAUGGAGUUUUCCGAAAGCGAUCCUAGUCUUCUUCCUUCCGGGGGCGUAGCUGCUCAGUUAUUUAGUGUGGACUGCAACACCUUUUUGCCCACACCAGUAAAGAAUGGAACGGUUUUCUGCUAUCUUCCACUCCCGAUACACAGUGGCCUUCCAGUUUGCAUAAAUGGUGCAUUUGCAAUCGAUUCUAACAGGCGUCGUCUGCAGGGCAAACUUGAAGACGACAAGACAUGCUAUGGCGAGGAAUGGAAUAAUGUUCUAAUGACUGAUUCUAUAUCUACUGCUUAUCUGUGCCUCCUCGAAGACCUUAAGAAAAUUGUCCCCAAAGACGGAUGUUAUGCUUUCCAUUCACUGUGGCCGAGGGCUUCUGACGUAAGCGAACAAUGCUGGUCUAUUACAGAGUCAUUCUACAAGCAAAUUGCUAAUGGAUCUCAUGCUCUGUUUUCCAAUGGAAAAAAAUGGGUUAACAUUACUCAAGUGGUUUUUCUCCAUCCAGCCCUUCGCACGGAUCCUGAAAUUGGAGAAGUUUCAUUUGCUGUGUUUUGUAACUUCCCUAAAGGAAAUGAUGUGGUGAUUGAUUUGCCAGCCGACGUAUUCCAGUGUUUUGAACGUUGUGAUCUGCUAAAUGUGCUACGAAGUAAAACAUACGACAAGUUUCGAUUUUUCCGUGAAGUUUUCUUUCCAAACAUUUCAAGUGUUACUUCAGAACAGCGGGAUGUUCUCGUGCUAUAUGCACUAAAUCAAAACAGCAAAAAGUUGGACGACUUGAUAAUAAACAACGCUUGCGUUCCAGUGUCGCCUAAUGGAAAGAUGCUCAAGCGGCCGAGUCAGUUAGUGAAUCCCAAAAAAGAAGCUUCCUCCUUGUUUUUCCCAGUCGAUGGUAGGUUUCCCUUUGGCGACGAGAGUACAUUUUGCAACCCACAAGUGCUUGCCAAACUAGAGGUACUUGGAAUGAACUCACACGAUCUUCCUUGGGAGGAUAUUGCAGAAAGAGCAGAGAGUGUCCAACGAGUUAAUUUAGUGGACAGUAAGGCGGCAGUAAAGCGUGCUAAGUUUUUGAUAGAAUUCGUACAAAAGCAGUUGAAAGUGAAAAAUGAAGGCUCCUUGGAAGGCAUCAUUUCUCGUAUUGUCAAUGCUGAGUUUCUCCCAGUACUAGAGAGACCGAAAUCAUUUCCCCUUCGCUGGAAAAGCGAAGAUUAUCGGACGUCUCGAAGGCUUUUGGCAGCCCCAAAGGACGUUUUUCUUCCUUCCAACAAAUACCUGGUUUGUUGUACGGAGUUAGUUGUCGACCUAGACAUCCCCAAGAAAGUGACAGAAUUGCUAAGAUUACAUGAAAAAAGAGCUACUGCAGAGCACGUUAUGAAACAACUAAGUGAAGCCAUUUCCACCAGCAUUGGUAAAAUGGAUCGUAAGAGUUUAGACGAAGUGAGCCGCGUUUGCACAGAGGCUUAUACGUUUCUACAAGAAAAUAUUGCCAGCUGUACGUCCUCCGUUGAGGUAUUCCUGUCCAAGAGGCCGUUCAUUUUAGUUGGAAGGCGCUUUCUCUCCGCAGAUGAGGUCGUCUUUCACGUGAAGACUGACUGUUCCCCUUUCCUGAACAAACUUCCAGAAAAUUUAUCCGAUUCUUACUCCAAACUCCUGAGAUUCAGUGGUGUUAGAGAACAAUUCGAAGCGAAAGACUAUAUUUCAGGUCUUCUAAAAAUAAAACAACAGUUUGGAGAGACUCAACUCGUUGACCGAACCUUGCAGGUGGCAGUCAACAUGGCUAUCGAACUUGGAGAGACUGUGAGAAAUCGUAAUGAAGAAUGGUAUUUUGAGGAGGAAAGCUCGAAUUAUAUUUAUCUUCCUGAUUCUGGAGGGAGAAUGCUUGCAGUAGCUGACCUUUGCUAUAAGGAUUGUCCGUGGAUGCCUGAUGAUCGAGAGGAACAGUUCAUUCAUGAAAAAAUUCCCUGGUCGACCUGUGAACAACUGGGAGUUAAAACACGCCGAGAAGGGGCCAACGUUGUUGUGCUAUAACCCAAAGGAAAACCCGUUUUCCUUCUCGAGUGUUAUCGAUUGAAACGGAUUUUGACAGGCUACCCAGGCGAGAAAGAAAUUUUAAAAGAGCUUCUUCAAAAUGCAGAUGAUGCCCAAGCAACCGAAAUUUUCUUUGUCAAAGACCCGAGACACCAUCCUGAUGAAAGAGUGUUCCAAGAGAGUUGGAAGCCUCUGCAAGGUCCUGCACUUUGUGUGUAUAACAACACACCAUUUACCAAUGCGGAUAUUGAGGGAAUUUGUAACCUCGGAAAGGGCAGCAAAGGAGAAGAUCCAAACAAGACUGGUCAGUAUGGAGUUGGGUUCAAUGCUGUGUAUCACUUGACUGAUGUGCCGUCAUUCAGGUCGAAGGGUGAAGAAAUUGGAGAUGUUUUCUGCGUGUUUGACCCUCACUGCAAGUAUGUUCCGUGUGCGAGUGAUGCAAAGCCAGGAAGAAUGUACAAAGACAUUGAUAAGUUGAAGAAAAAGUUUCCAGAUGUUUUUCCAUGUUAUCUUGAGAAGUUGUUUCCCAUAAAGAAUUCAACCAUGUUUCGAUUUCCGCUCAAGUCGCAGGAAAUGGCUGAAGAUUCCAAAAUAUCAAAGAAACCUGUUUCCGUACAUCAGCUUGAUGGAAUGAUGAAAGAUCUGAAGCUGGAGUUGUUUGAAGUUCUUCUGUUCGUUAACAAUGUGAGGAAGAUUAGCAUUGCAGAGAUAGCCAGAAGUGCAAAACUGGCAGGUAUCUACUCCGUUGAAGUUGUUAUGACUAAAGAAGAUGAGAGUAAAAGACAGCGUUUCGCUGAUUACAUGAAGCAAGUUGGAAAGCAAGCCAAACACAAAAAUUUCCUCCCUACAAGUAUACAGCCGAAAAAGUGCAUUUAUAUCAUGACACUUCGUGACAGCGUUGGUGAGGAGGAGACUUGGUUGGUUGUACAACAGGUCGGCUUUGAUAAGCCUGUUGAAAAGAGUAUCGUUGACGCCUUCAGAGACGAAAACCUUGGGAUGCUACCUCGGGGCGGCGUGGCUUGCCUUCUAAGCAGCAGCAGGUCAGUUGAGCAACGAAAAGGUAAAGAAGGUAAAGCAUACUGUUUUCUUCCACUACCCUUCAAAACCAAUUUGCCCGUUUAUAUCAAUGGUCACUUCGCUUUGGACCAUGAGGCCAGAAGAAAUUUGUGGCGGGAUGAGGCUGGUAGCUAUCGAAGUGACUGGAAUAAAGCCCUGCUGCGUGAUGUUAUCACCUCCUGCUACCUCACUCUUCUAGAAAAAGUACGUGGAUACAUUCAGUUGCCAGUUGAGCAAGAUGCUGCAGAUCAGUAUUCCACCUCGAGCAAAAGUGAAAUCACGAAGAUGCUAACUUUCUAUGAAGGACUGUUUCCCAGGUAUCCUUUUGAAGAUUCACACUGGAAGACAUUAGCUGAUUCCGUUUACGAGGAAAUGUGCAAGAGGGAAGCGCCCCUUAUUCCGGUAGCGAGAUGUUCGAAGGCUGAUUCAGGUCUCCAUACUAAGAAUUUGAACGGAUCCGCCAGGGUCCAAGUCACAUGGUUUCCACCGCAAGGCACAGGCAAGAGACAAACAUACUUCAACAAUCUCGAGAUAAAAGGCUAUUUUUCUUAUGUUCCACCCAAGCCAUAUAUUGGUAUGGAGGAGAGAAAAAAGAAGGAGGAAUUCCGCAUCAAAGAAAAAAACAGAUUCGAAGAAAUGUUGCUGGACACUGGUUUUAACUUGGUCGCACUAUCAGUUCACUUAUUUUAUUCAUUUAGGGAGGCAGGAGUAGAGGUGUGCUGCGUUUCUCCUUUGGCAGUGAUGGACUUUUUCAAGUCCUUCAAUGAUAGUAACCCGUUGUGCAGUAUUGGUGAUGUUCCAUGUCCCGUCCACAAGAGUCCAUUUAAAGACGUAAGAGAAGUUAUCCGCAUUCUGAAGUACUGCAAAGGCGAUGAUCAAUUUCUGGAGAAUCUGGAGGGUCUUCCAUUGCUCCUUACACAAGAUAACUAUUUGCGUGUCUUUAGUAAGAGCGAACCUCGAUGUUUGAGUCAUUACUGGGAUAUUUUACCACAAUCAACUGCCCUGUUUGUGCACAAGGAGGCACUCAGCGGUGUUUUUAACAUAGCUGAUUUGAAAAAGACUUCCGUUUUCCGAUCCUUGGAUAUAGAAAUAUUCUCCUCUCAAUUGCACUUAACUCUUCCUGAACGUUUUUGUACCGAGAAUCGCUAUAUAAGGUGGUAUCCUGAAGACGACCCACAGUCCACGGCCUUACCGAACCGUCGUUGGAUUUUCAGGGUUUGGCAUUUCUUGCAAAAGUUUUUCAGUGAUAAACUGAAAGACGUAAGUGCGGAAGAACUGAAAGAUUUCACAGAGGAAAAGGACAUUUCCUUCGCUCGUAACCUACUCGUCCCGGCAUUGGCUUCGUGGUGCAUUCUUCCAGCAACAGGAACGAGCCGGUGCAACGGAAGUGAAAUCUCAAGCCGUUUGACCACUGUGGGUGACCGAAAAACAGGUGCAGAUCAUUUUUUGGUGCCCUUGAAUAUCGCAGAAUCGGUUCUCGAUUUUAAGGAUUGUGGUCAAUCGAGCGAGACGUUGGUUGAGGCCUUAAGAUGCCUGGGUUUGCCAGAGCUUAACAGUCUUAUACUGUCAACAUCAUUGAUAGAUUCAACCUGCCACACCAAACUAGAAUCGUACAAACUUGCGCGAAAUCUUGUAGCGACAAUGAAGACACCCCAUUCCCUUCUAAAGGCGCUCAAUCAGAAGCUGAAGACUAAUCCUUCGUCCCUUGAUGAUAAACUAAAGCGUAAGGAAUCUAUUGAAGUUUUGGAGUAUUUUGGGCGAAACACCAAGGCUCUGGUAUACGCUGACGUACACAUUCUAAAGAAUCUUCCAUUCUUUCCAAAGGCGAGCGGACAGCUUGGAAAAGUUCAAGACCGGGAUGUCUUUGUUCUCCCUGGUGGGAUCCCAAAAACUGAAAUGGUUGUUGUUGAAGACAAACUUCAUUGUUUCUUCGUAGAACCGUGCCAAAGUCUGUUAAACUUAUAUGAAUUCCUGAAAUUUCAGCAAGUAACGCUAUCAAAUGUUUACCUAAAUUUCAUUUUAAAAUGCUUUCAAUAUCUUAGUUUCGAAGGGAAGCUGGAUCACCUUCAAUUUCUUCAAGCCUUUUUGUCUUCGGUAAGUGCAACAGAAAUUGAAAGCGAGGACUUCGAGAAGAAACAGCUUGUGAACUCUUUAAAGAGAACUGAAAUCAUCCCAGCUCAGGAUGGUUGUUGGAAGACAGCAUCCAAUUUCUACGAUCCCCGCAAUGAAGUAUUCCGUGCAAUGCUAUCAGAAGACAGUUUUCCACCGGAGCCGUUUAACUCUGGCGAAUGGCUUUCAUUUUUUGAGAAGGUAGGCCUUAUAAAAGAUGUUUCAGAAGACGAUUUUGUUAACUUUGCUAAUCAAGUGGCACGUGAAGCCCAAUCAGAAAGAACAAAAGAAACUUUCCAAAAAUCUCAUGCUCUGGUGCAACACCUCUUCUCUCGACCCAAUGUGGUAGGCGAAGGUCUUUUACACCGUGUAUGUGAUAUUCCAUUCGUGGUAGCAGAUCCUGUAGAAGAAUCACUGGAAGAAUUGUGCACUCCGUUUUGGGUGAGACAAGGCGCACAAAUUCCAUUUAUUGCAUUCAAAGAUGCAGUCUUCAACGAAUUUGAAAAAAUCGUUUGGACGAAGGCGCAUUUGCUUCCAGAGUCAGCAGAUCCAAGAAAGCAUCGCCAUAAGCUGUCAAUUGGCUGCAAUCAUCGAAAAGUUGAUCGGUACCUUCAGGCAUUUCUCACACAGCUUUGUGUUCGGAUGAAGCCAUCUGUUGGUCUUGUUAUUAGUCACUGCCAAACCGUCACCGCAAGAAGAAAUAUCACAGCUGACCAGAGCCCCGUGAUAACAAGGGUUAUGGAAAGUAUUUAUGCAUUUCUGCAAGAAAACGCGAUCAAAGACCAUGAAGCCAAGGUGCUGCUCGAGACCUCACGGUUUAUCCUCGUUGAGGGAGGGAGCACGUUCAUUCUUCCAAAGCAAGCGGUCAUCGAACUCUACGAGAGUCUUGAGAUUAAGCCAUUUCUGUACAGAAUUCCAUCAGUAUUUGGAAAGUUCCAGGCUUUGUUUGAGUUUGUUGGCUGCUCUCAGACUGCAACCUGUACACAUUACGCCAUGGUAUUAGAGAUGAUGCAUCGGAACUGUAAGGAUUCCAAACUGAUCCCAAACGAGGUUACAACAUGUGAGAAGGCUGUCAAAGGAUUCUUCGACCAUUUGCAAGAUGACUCAGGAGCAGUAUCGACUCUCUCUAAAUUGUACCUCCCAGCAAUGCCCUCCAAAUUUUGCCUGUCAAAUGUUCAUCUAAAGGUCAGCACCAUCCCUGUUACAUUGCAUCAAUCAACGGAGCUUUUGUUUGAUGAUGACCCAUCCUAUGGCAAUCGAAUCACGAGUCUUAACCAGCUAUUUGUGCUUGAACUCAGUCUAAUGGGCGUACGCCUUAAAUCAGCCAUGGUAAACUUUUCAGAUCUAGUGCGAAAGUUACCCUCUGCCGUACAACCUAGGAUGCUUUCAGCUGUGGUGAAGGAGAAAAUUGAAGAUCCCAAAGAAACAAAAAUAGUCAAAAGCGGAGUAGUCAGCACAGUUAAACAGCAGAUUUCUUCUAUCCCUUUUGUUCGGGGAGUUGCAAGAAUUAUACGGCAUGUCAACUACCAGAACCAAGAUUUUGACGAAAGAGUCGUUGAAAGCAUUGAAGAAGGUCUCCGGAGCAUCGAGUUAUUUGCUGUUGAAGGUCUUAGGACCUCUCUCUUUCUUAAUGAAGUUCAGAUCCCAGGAAGUGAAGCUAAUGUUCCUUACUUUGUAGAGAGGCGGGAGCAAUCUGGAGUGGGGAUAUGCAGAGUAUACAUCGAUGCGUUGUCUGAUAUGAAUGAAACCAUUUCAACCAUAUCGGACGUAAUUGAGGAAAUGUAUGGAGAGUUUCUUCAAAGGAAGGCGUAUCUCAUUGGUGAGAUUCUUCGUUGCCCGCCUUCGAGUAUAAGGCCAUUGUUGGAUAGAAAGAGAGUUCGUAAAGAUGACAGCUACACCACGGCAGAUUUGGGUAUCUAUCCAGAGCCCGGUUCAUUGAUUCCAACUGAAGACCAUCAUCUGCUAAAAGACGCUUUUGAAGAAUUUGAACCCGGAGAGUACGUUGGUUAUCAGCUACACGACCCAAGUCUAGCCCAGCGGAAAGGCACUCCAACAUACAUCUACGCUAUAAUAGUAGACGAGAUAAACAGUGAAGAUACUGUUAUCUUGACAAAGGCAUACCGAAUCAACAUUGGACAAGACAAAGAAGCAGAUGAGGUCAGUGCUGCUAUGCUGUAUAAAUUUCACCGCUUGCAAGAGAUAUUUGAGGAACAGGACGAGGAUAUUGAAGAAGUGCUUAAAGAGAUCUCAGAAAACCUCCAGAACGCAUGGGAAAUGCCAGAGGACGAGAGAACCCAAAUUGUCAAGCGCCUGUUCAUGCGUUGGUUUCCGAGAGAGGAUGCUUUGCAGCAUUUAAAGAAAGAAGUUUCUCGGCUCGGUGGCUGUUACGAUGACUUGUAUUCUUCAUGGGAAAAGCUUGCAAAAGAACAUGGUUCACAGCGAGAAACUUAUAAAGUACGCUUUCGCGAUCGUUAUGGGUCAUCGGAUCAUAGUCGUUGGCAAAAUGUUCCCCCAAGUUUCUGCGAAAAAAAUCCUCAACCCGGAGAGGCCAAGCGUUGGUUGAGACAAGCUGAAGCUGACCUUGACUCCUGCGGUAGAGCCUUUACCACAGACUCAUUUGAGUGGAUUUGCUUUAAAUGCCACCAGGUAAUUAGUGAAAAAAAAUGCAUUUCUUUAUCUUUUUAGUUUGUUUUUGUUCUUGUUGUUUUCAUAAAAACUGCAUACUUAGUUAUGGGAAUUACAGAUGAGCGUAAUUAAGAGACCAAAUAAAUUUAGCUUGAAGUGGACUGGCUACCAGUUUCUUGUUACUGAUCUUUAUUUUCUGAACCGGGUUAAAUUGGUGUUCUGUAGCUAGGUACAUAUGGUUUAACGCUUGCUUGGUAUGUGUCGUAAGUUGAUUUAUUUCUUUUCCUCAAUUUCACUUUGUUAGCACUGCUAGAAGACUUGUUUAGGGAUGAAGGGAUCUAUCUUGACGCUUUGUUUGUUCUAUUGUUAGCUUGCAGUUAAAAAUGAAAUCGCUAAAUCUGUUUCGUUUCAGUCCAAAUUUGAGUUAUUGAAUUAUAGAGAAUGGCCGUUUUUGAUCUUUACUUACUUCGCAGAGCUUAACCAUUUUAAGCUUUUUUAUUCUUUGCAGGCAGCCGAAAAGGCCGUGAAGGCUGUGCAAUACAACGUGGACGCAAAUCAGAAGAAAGACGACCACAAUUUGCCACGAAAUUGUAAUGGUUUUGAUGAUUCUGUGUUAAGCGAUCUAGCAGUCCAGCUUGAAUGUCUGGUGAUUAAUUCAGCUCACAUGCGUUAUCCUGACAGAAUGUUAUACCCCAAGAUACCCCAUGACGUAUACACAGCAGCGCAGGCGGAGGGAGCCUUUAGAAUAGCGACAAAGAUUCUGGAGAGAGUUCGAGUGAAACUGGAUUAA